GUUUGCGCUCGCCCAUCCAAGCGCUGAAACACCACACUCGUUACCCAGCCCCAUCGUUCGGCCCUCCCAGCAGCCGUUGACGACUCCAGCCAAGUACUUAUCCACGCAUUGAUAAGAACGCCCGCUGCGCAUACCAGCCGACUGCGAGUCACCAACAUUUCUCCGUCCGACCACUCCGACCACGCCCACCACCGCACUGCGCCAGACGUGCGACCAAUACCUCCACCAUGGGCUUCGGUGACUUUGUGUCGAUAUGCGACAAGGUCCCUCUCCCGCUGUGUCCUCUGGUAGGGCCCCCUUCGCCGAUCACAGGCACCAAUAGCGUGCAGACGACCUGCUACGCGCGAUCCAUCGAACUGGCGAACACGAUAAUAUUCCAAGGCGCGACUGGUUUCGCGCACAUUCUGGCCCUCGUGAUGUUGGUCGUCAUGAUCAUUCACGUGCGGAGCAAGUUCACAGCAGUGGGGCGCAAAGAGAUGACUUCUUUCUUCUACCUAUACACCUUACUUACGAUGUGCUCCUUGGUCAUCGACUGCGGCGUGGUUCCUCCCUCAAGCGGCGCAUACGCAUACUUCGUGGCUGCCCAGUGCGGACUGGUAUCAGCAACCUGCAUCUGCCUGAUGAUUAGUGGAUUCGUCGGAUUCGCAAUGUACGAAGAUGGCACGACACUCUCGAUCUGGCUCAUCUACGGCUGCAGCACUAUCAUGGCUCUCAUCUCGUUCGCUGUGUCACUUUUGACAUUCAAAGGCUGGGGAGGACUCGGACCGGAGAGCACAAUCGGAUUGUUUGUGGUGGUAUACCUCUUCAGCGCGAUCUACCUGGCCGUCUACGUUGUUUGCCAGGUGAUUCUGGUCCUCGGAACACUGGAACAAAGAUGGCCACUGCUGCACAUCAUUGUCGGAGUCCUCGCUCUCAUCAUUGGACAAGUCCUGAUGUAUGCGUUCAGCGAGAUCAUUUGCGAAAACGUGGAGCAUUACGUGGACGGACUAUUUGUCGCAACUCUACUCAACUUGCUGGCCGUUAUGAUGGUCUACAAGUACUGGGACAGCAUUACUCAGGAAGAUCUCGAAUUCAGCGUGGAGGAGAAGAACCACAGCUGGGAGAUCCAAGAGCCAUUGAUGGACGAAGAUAAGCGCAACACAUUUUAUCAAGAUAGCGACAACGGAGUGGUUCAACAGCCUGGGCAUAGGGGCUCAGCCUAUGGAUACUAGUUGAGUUUCUGCACUAUUAUUUGAUUGCAUAGCGAGGCGUCACGGAUCAAGGAAUCACACCAGAUGAAUGAACAUA